UCCUCGUAACGUCGUAGUAAGUCUCUGGAUGUCGGCCGGCUGACGACGAGAGAAUGAAUCAGACGAAUCUGCCCGUCUCGGAAAUCAUCAAGAGCAAGGAUGUUGACGAGCCCAAAAAGCAGUCUCGAGAGGAUUGGAGAAAAGCAAAGGAGCUCGAAGAGGCCAGAAAAGCGGGCACAGCACCAGCCGCUGUCGAUGAGGAAGGAAAGGACAUCAACCCGCAUAUUCCUCAGUACAUAUCUUCGGCACCGUGGUAUUUUGGAGCUAAAGGGCCCACUUUGAGGCACCAGCGCCCACAGCCUGAGAAGCAGAAGCAGUUCUCUAGGAUCGACGAUUACUAUUCUCGAGGAGAAUUUGAUUCCAGAGCAACCAAGUACAGAAAAGGUGCUUGCGAAAACUGCGGUGCCUUGACCCACAAGCGGAAGGAUUGCUUAGAGAGACCCCGGAAAGUUGGCGCUCGAUUUACAAAUGAUGACAUAGCUCCUGAUGAAAAAAACUUGCCGGAUUUGAAUUUGGACUAUGAUGGAAAGCGGGACAGAUGGAAUGGCUUUGACCCUGCCUGCUAUCAUGCUGUCAUAGAAGAAUACAGGAAGGUAGAAGAGGCAAAACGGCAACUGAAGGAAGACAGGCUGAAGCAUGAUAUCUUGCACCUGGAGGGUGUCGGUACACGUGAGAGAGAUGACAGUGAAGACGAAGCGGAUGGCGACGAAGACAAGUAUGCCGACAAUGCAGACAUGCCUGGCACAAAAGUGGACAGCAAGCAGCGCAUCACCGUGCGGAACCUUCGCAUACGUGAAGAUGUUGCAAAGUACCUGAGAAAUCUGGACCCAAACUCUGCCUAUUAUGACCCUAAAACACGUUCCAUGAGGGACAAUCCAUACAAGAAUUCAAACAAGACCCCAGAAGAGCUGCAUUUUGCUGGUGAUAAUUUUGUUAGGUACUCUGGGGACACUCAGAAGAUUGCGGAAGCUCAGUUGUUUGCCUGGCAGGCCUAUGAGAAAGGCGUCGAUGUUCACCUGCAAGCAGAACCCACCAAAGCUGAACUGUUGAACAAAGAGUUCCUUUCGAAGGAAGAAGAGUUCCGUCACUCCAUGAAAGACAGCAUCCUAGAAAAGUAUGGUGGAGCAGAGCACUUACAGAUGCCACCAAGGGAGCUGAUAUUUGCUCAGACGGAGGAUUAUGUGGAAUAUUCAAGACAUGGUGAGGUGAUCCGUGGAGCUGAGAGGCCUGUCAUCCGGUCCAAGUAUGAGGAACAUGUUCUUAUCAAUAACCAUACGUCUGUCUGGGGAUCCUACUGGAAAGACUUUCAAUGGGGGUACAAGUGCUGUCACUCCUUAAUAAAGAACUCGUAUUGCACUGGUGCCAGUGGGAAAGAAGUACAGGCGAUGGACGGCAGUGCAAUGCUUUUGCCGACCAAGAUAAUGGAAGCUCCUGCUGACGGCAGUGAUGCUACCCACUAUGUCAAUGCGGAUGAUAACAUUGACAAAAAAGUUGACCAAAAGGAUGGCGAGAUGGUCGACGAGAAGGCCAAGUCACCAGAGGAGGAAGAAAGCAGGCAGUCUUCAUCAGAAGAGCAGCAGAACGAACCUUCGCCUGUUACCUUACCUACUGUCAUGAAGUCUCCAGAAAAGGUGAAGAGAAAGAAAAAGAAGAAGAAAUCCAAAAAAGCCAAAAAACAAAAACGAGUGAAAAGAAGCAGCAGCAGCUCAGAUAGUGAGGACUCUGAUACUAAGGCCGAGAGAGAAAGGAAAGAGAAAAUUAAGAAGGCUAUGGAACAAAUUGACAAAGACAGGACUCAAGAGACUGACGAGCGAAAACGCAAGUAUAACAGCAUGUACGACGUGAAAGCACCAACAGAAGAAGAAAUGGAGGCCUACUACAUGAAACGCAAAAGAGAUGACGACCCAAUGGCAUCAUUUAUGUCGUGAUCGUUUUCUGGCUUUCGUGUCAUUUAUAACUGUACAUAUUACAUCUAUUGUGCUCUGUGAGGAAAUGUUGUAUUUGUUAAUGUGUGGUAUUAGUCUUGUAGAGUGCAAGUUAAUGGUAAAUUGGAAAAGC